GCUGCCUGGGGCUGUGGACAUCGCGCCGCUCCGGCCCGGGGCUGCCCACCGCGAGGACCUGCCGCUGUCGCCUCCUCUCCACGGCCCAGUUUUCCCCGGCCACCACGUCCCCUGAGAUGGCAGACGAGAGCAGAAGCUCCAGGGCCUGUGCGUCCUUCAGCGUCCUCAGCUGGGAUCAGGUUAGCCGGCUGCACGAGGUCUUGACCGAGGUCGUCCCCAUCCAUGGACGUGGCAACUUCCCAACCUUGGAGAUAACCUUGAAGGACAUUGUGCAGACCGUCCGCAGCCGCCUGGAGGAGGCAGGCAUCCGAGUGCAGGACGUGCGGCUGAAUGGCUCUGCUGCCGGACACGUGUUGGUCAAAGACAAUGGCUUGGGUUGCAAAGACCUGGACCUGAUUUUUCACGUGGCUCUUCCGACGGAGGCUGAAUUCCAGCUGGUGAGGGACGUGGUUCUGUGCUCCCUUCUGAACUUCCUGCCGGAGGGCGUGAACAAGCUCAAGAUCAGCCCCGUCACGCUGAAGGAGGCGUACGUGCAGAAGCUGGUGAAAGUCUGCACGGACACGGACCGCUGGAGCCUCAUCUCCCUCUCCAACAAGAACGGGAGGAACGUGGAGCUGAAGUUUGUCGACUCUAUCCGGCGCCAGUUCGAGUUCAGCGUGGACUCCUUCCAGAUCAUCCUGGACUCUCUGCUCUUUUUCUACGAUUGCUCGAGUAACCCCAUCUCCGAGCACGUCCACCCCACAGUGAUCGCGGAGAGCGUGUACGGGGACUUUGAGGAGGCCUUCGACCACUUGCAGAACAGACUGAUCGCCACCAAGAACCCGGAAGAGAUCCGAGGUGGGGGGCUGCUGAAGUACAGCAACCUCCUUGUGCGGGACUUCCGGCCUGCCGACCAGGAGGAGAUCAAAACCCUGGAGCGCUACAUGUGCUCCCGGUUCUUCAUCGACUUCCCCGACAUCCUGGAGCAGCAGAGGAAGCUGGAGACAUACCUCCAGAACCACUUCGCCGAAGAAGAGGGGAGCAAGUACGACUACCUGGUGAUCCUCCGCAGAGUGGUGAACGAGAGCACGGUGUGCCUCAUGGGACACGAGCGCCGCCAGACCCUCAACCUCAUCUCCCUGCUGGCCCUGCGGGUGCUGGCCGAGCAGAACAUCAUCCCCAGUGCCACCAACGUCACGUGCUACUACCAGCCAGCCCCGUACGUCAGCGACGGCAACUUCAACAACUACUACAUCGCCCACCCUCCCAUCCCCUACAGCCAGCCUUACCCUACCUGGCUGCCCUGUAACUAACAUGAAGUCGCGGGGCCCCCUCUCCACGCUGGGGCUCAGCAGGGCAAAGCCUGCCAGGUAGAGCAGCCUCCUUCUAGAUGUAGGUGUUUGGCUUUUAAAGGGGGCAACUCAGCUCUGAUUUCUGCUUUUUUUUGAUGCGUGUUACCCAUCGGAGUGGGUCGAUCACAAGCCAGCCCCCAGAAGACCCACUUUCUAAGUGCCGCGUGGCAAAACACAAUAGGAAAUGUCACCUAGCCACAGCCUUUCCAACACAAGACACUGUCCCGCCGUGUGUGUCACAGACAUGGGCACUAGCCAUCCGGCUCUGGGCAGUGUUUGAUUUGGUGUAGAGCCUGGGCCACACAGGAGAAGUUGUAAGCUACUCUAGGGCAGGCUGUGGUUGGCCCUUGCUUGAGAUUCUCAGCAAUUUCAUGUCAUUUGUGCUGAGUGUCUCUCCUAUUGUGUGUCUUUUAAUCAGGCCAAAAAAAAAAAAGAGAGAAACAGAGGGUGCUCUUGUGAUUGGAAUUUUGUUCCCGGGACUCAGCGGUAUAUGUUUAGUCCCUAUCAGAGGAACGGAGGAUUUCUCUGAUCAAUAAACCAAAGGUAAUUGCUGGAGACUUCGGCUCUGGUUGGAAGUGGUUUAUGGUUUAGACCCUGUGCUAUCUUGAGGAAUUACAAGAUAUUAUAGAGAG